AUGGGCCAAAUUUGUGAUGCACUAAAUGAGAGAGAGAAAGGUAAACUCCCUAGUCAACCCCAACAAAAUCCAAAAAGUGCAUUUCAGGCAAGCACGUCAGGUUGCAAUGAGUCCUCACAAUAUCAAGUGAAUGUUGUCGCCACUCUUCUUAGUGGUAAAGUUGUUGAUAACAAUGUAGCAAUCAAACAGAUACCUGCUUAUGCUAAAUUCUUGAAAGAUCUAUGCACACAUAAACGGAAACAUCAUGUGCAUAAGCGUGCCUUUCUCACUGAGCAGUUAGGUCUUGGGAAGCUGAAACCCACUCUUGUUACGCUGCAAUUAGCGGACAGAUCUGUAAAAAUUCCUCGGGGUAUUGUUGAAGAUGUGUUAAUCAAGGUUGAUAAAUUUUAUUUCCCUGUGGAUUUCAUUGUACUAGAUACUCAACCUGUGCAAAACCCAGAUUGUCAUAUUCCUGUCAUUUUAGGACGUCCCUUCUUGGCAACAUUUAAUGCUAUCAUAAAUUAUCGUAGCGGAAUAUUGAACUUGUCUUUUGGUAAAAUGACUGUGGAUUUGAAUGUGUUUCAUGUUAGCCAACAACCCAUGGAAUUUGAUGAUGGUGAAUUGCAUGCGAUUAACAUGAUUGAGAGUUUGAUUCAAGACUCAUUACCUGACAUCUUAUCUGUGGAUCCUUUUGAAGUCCACUCUCUGCUUGAAUCUGCACCACUCAUGGAUAUUGCUAAAUGGCAAGAUGAUGUGGAACCACUUCUACUUUCUGAUUCUGAUUCUACCCCACCUCUUGAUGAAGCACCUAAGCUUGAUUUGAAACCGUUGCCUGACACUUUGAAAUAUGCUUUCUUAGGUCCUUCUGAUACUUUGUCUGUUAUUAUUGCAUCAUGUUUAGACACAGAACAGGAAAUCCAACUUUUAGAAGUUCUUAAAGAACAAUAA